GUUUCGUGUGAACUGGGAUUGGGAGGGGGGCUGUGGUCAAACCCACAACGACCUAAACAGCCCCAGGAGGAGAGGAGAGGGUAGAGAAGAGUUGUCCUCGUUGCAGCAGUUACUGCUGUAGCCCCGCGUUUAAAGCCUGUAUGGGUUAGCCCCCCAGUUAGCUAGCCUAGCAUCGUCCGUGGCGCCUCUCCUGCAGCGGUUAACUCCGGUUCGAGUGCUCCCCGUUUUCCCCUCGGUCCCACCCGGUCUAGCCCGUUAACCGCUUCGAAGAUGAUGAAGUUCAGGUUUCGUCGGCAGGGCACCGACCCGCAGAGAGAGAAGAUAAAACAGGAGCUUUUCGCUUUCAACAAGACUGUGGAGCAUGGGUUCCCCCACCAGCCCAGUGCCCUGGCCUUUGACCCCAAGCUGCAGCUGAUGGCCAUCGGCACAAAGUCAGGAGCCAUUAAAAUCUACGGGGCUCCAGGUGUGGAGUUCACAGGACUACAUAAAGACACCACUGCUGUGACACAGAUCCACUUCCUACCUGGUCAGGGCCGUCUCCUGUCGCUGCUGGAUGACAACACGAUUCAUCUGUGGGAGCUGGUAGUCGGGCUUCACAGAGAAGUAGGCGGGACAAAGAAAGAGGGCGGAGUUUGUCUUAAACAAGUGGAUAGCUACACCCUGCCUGGAAGGCCUGGGAUCGAGAGCUGCAGUGCUACGCGGAUGACUGUCCUCCUCUUACUAAAGUCUUGCGACCUGCUUUGCAUCGGAACAGAAGGAGGAGGUGUCUAUUUUCUGGAGUUGCCCCGGCUCGUGUUAAAGGAGAACCAGACGCUGCUUCAGGACCAGGUCACGCAGAGCCUGCCAGAUGACUACAGAUGUGGGAAGUCACUGGGACCAGUGGAAUCCCUCCAGGAACAUCCUCAGCAGCCAGGGAAGAUCCUGAUUGGCUACAGCCGCGGCCUGGUGGUCCUGUGGGACCUGGGUGCUCGCCAUGCCGACCAGCUGUUCCUCGGCAAACAGCAGCUGGAGAGCCUGGUGUGGGAACGCUCUGGAAGCCUGUUUGUUAGUUCCCAUAAUGACGGAGGCUACGCUGUUUGGCCUGUAACCAGCGGCAACACGUAUACUCACCAGCCAGCAUCCUCCACCAUCCCGUACGGCCCAUUUCCAUGUAAGGCCAUUAAUAAGAUCCUGUGGAGGACUUCACAGACGGGUUCUCCAGUGCUGUUAUACAGUGGGGGGAUGCCCAGAGCCAGCUACGGUGACCGCCACUGUCUGUCCAUUCAGCAGGAUAAGGAGCACGUCACCCUGGACUUCACAUCUCGAGUGAUCGAUUUCUUCACUAUCCACAACAUGGAGCCGGACAAAGAGUUUGAUGACCCAUCAGCUUUAGUGGUGCUGCUGGAGGAGGAGCUGGUGGUGAUUGAUCUUCAGACCCCAGGGUGGCCCACUCUUCCCACGCCUUACCUCGCUCCCCUUCACUCAUCAGCCAUCACCUGCUCCUUCCACAUCUCUAGCGUGCCUCCUAAACUCUGGGAGAGGUUAAUUAACGCAGGCAGAGCACAGAGGAGCCGACAGCAGACACACAUGAGCUGGCCCAUAUGUGGAGGGAAGAAUCUGGCUCCUCAACCCAAACAGCAAGAGCUGCUUUUAACCGGGCACGAGGACGGGACGGUGCGCUUCUGGGACGCGUCGGGUGUCGCUCUCACGCCGCUCUACAAGCUUGGCACGGCCAACGUCUUCCACACCGACUGCGACGAGCCUCACGACUCGAGCAACGACCAGGACAUGCAGCAGGAGGAGGAGUGGCCUCCUUUCAGGAAGGUGGGAUGCUUCGACCCGUACAGCGACGACCCCAGACUUGGCAUCCAGAAAAUCAGCCUCUGCAAGUACAGCAACAAGCUGGUGGUGGCUGGAACCGCUGGCCAGGUGAUCGUGCUGGCUUUCAACGAUGAGCCGUCGGACCACUCCGUGGACAUGUCUGUGGUUGACCUGCUGCAGGACAGGGAAGGUUUCACCUGGAAGGGGCACGACAGGCUGGAGCCGCGCCUCAAGCCUGCACCCUUCCCGCCGGGCUUCCAGCCCCAGGUGCUGGUGCAGUGCCUGCCGCCUGCUUCGGUCACGGCUGUGGCACUGCACACAGAGUGGAACCUCAUCGCCUUCGGGACGAGUCACGGGUUUGGGCUCUUUGACUACCACAGACGAAACACGGUGCUGGCGAGGUGCACCCUGCACCCUAAUGACUCGUUAGCGAUGGAAGGUCCACUAUCCAGAGUCAAGUCCUUGAAGAAAUCCCUGCGACAAAGCUUCAGACGCAUCCGGAAAAGCAGGGUGUCUGGAAAGAAACGUGCCAUCAACACCCCUACCAGCAAGGUGCAGGAAGCAAAUGCUGCUUUGGCAGAACAGGAGGAAGUGGCUCCUGUUCAGCGGCGGAUUGAGCCUCGGUCAGCAGACGACUCACUAUCAGGAGUGGUCAGAUGUCUCUGCUUCGCUGACACAUUUCUGCGUGAUGGUACGCACCAUGGCCCCACGCUUUGGGCUGGCACCAACUCGGGCAGUGUGUACGCCUACGCUCUGGAGGUCCCAGGCGUCGGGUCAGGCCGCGUAUGCGAACGGGGAGGAGCGAGCGAGAGCAGCACGUGUGUGGAAGCUUUGCUGGGUAAAGAGAUCCAGCUGAUGCACAGAGCUCCGGUGGUGUCUAUAAGUGUUCUGGACGGACGAGGGAAGCCUUUACCAGAUCCGUAUGAAGCUUCCCAGGACCUGGCCAUCGCUCCCGACAUGACCAACGCUCACUCUGUCCUCAUCGCCUCAGAGGAGCAGCUCAAGGUGUUCUCUCUCCCGAAAGUGAGCGCAAAGACAAAGUUCAAGCUGACGGCACACGAAGGCUGCCGAGUUAGGAGGGUCGCCUUGGUUCUCUUCAGCUCAGCCGCUCAGGAAGACUACAGCGAACACGCGCUGGUCUGCCUCACCAACCUGGGAGACAUGCACCUCUUCACCAUACCCGGCCUUCGACCUCAGGUGCGAUACGACUGCAUCCGUAAAGAGGACAUCAGUGGCAUUGCCUCUUGUGUUUUUACCAAGAAUGGACAGGGGUUUUACCUGAUCUCUCCUUCAGAAUACGAAAGGUUUUCCCUCUCUGCCAAGAUUCUAACAGAACCGCUCUGCUCCGUUCAGCUGGACCGACCCCUAGAACCCACAGCUACCUGUGACGGUCCAACAACGCAGCCGCAGGCCAAUGGGACCCACAGGAGGAUGACGGGUCAGGCUGAAGGACGAACGGAGGAGUCCCCUAGCUCCCUGUCCUCUCCCAUCCCAGAGACGCCGCUUGACUCCCCCCUCAGCUGUGCUGACCUCACCCUUGACACCACCGGGGAGCUCACCGUGGAGGACGUCAGGGAUUUCCUAACAACUGUGGAUGAGGUAGAAAACAACCUGAGGAACAUGAAAGAGGAAGAAGGCCGCUCUGCUGGAAUCCUCAUCAACUGAAGAGGAACUUCCUGGAGCAACUCGAGUGGUUUCCUCUGGAUCUCAGUGCUGGACCACAAACAUCUGACACGGAGCCACCGAGAAGCUCUUCCCCUUUAAACUGGUACAAGCUGGGAAGGAAACAUUAGAUUCCUCCUGCUGGACAAACAAACUCCUUUUCUAUAACCACUCAGCAAACACAGAGGGACCAGUGGAGCAUCCAGACGGACCGCUUCCUCAUCCGCCUCCUCCAUCCUCGGCCCACCGAAUGUUUCUGCAUGGUUGGAACUGGUCCAUGGUUUAAACCUGAUGUGAUGGAGGUGCAGUAAAACAGAAGGUUUGCGGUUUAAAGUACAGAAAAAAAAAAGGAAAAUGAAGUAUUUUUUAAAGGUGUAGCAUCCCCAUUCCUCUGAUUUCAAACAAGGACUGCUGAUUGAUUUUUUUUUUUUUUUUUUGCUUUUCUGUGUGGAGGUGGUGCGUAAAUCUGCGGACAUCGCCAGGAUGUUAGGUUUUUGCUGACAUCGACAAAAUGAGUAUUGGAACAAUGUAGGUGUUUUAUACAGCAAAGAUUGUUGCUCUAUUGAAUGUUUUUACGGUAACGUGAGAAAGUAUAGAUAUUUUAUUAACAUAUAGUUGGCGGUAGAGGAAGCGGGGGGAACCCACACUGUGAUUUUAAAAGGGAACCAGCUUGGAAGUGCUGGCAUUAAAGCAUCACUAUGAUGGGAAGAUUACUGACCUGAUACAUGAUGAGAUGUACACAGUUCUUCUGUUUACAUAGGAAAGUUGGACUUUUUACCAUCUGUUCGGUUAAAAACUAGGAUUUAAAUAAAAUGUAUAUUUUUUCAGAUGGAGAGUGGGAAUAAGUGAAUAAAGGUUUGGGGGAAAUGGAAGUGGCGCCCAAAGUAUGUAGAGGGCAGAGUUUGUAAAGGAAAUCAGAUGUUAUGAAAUAAAAUGGUUCAGUUAGCCAGUGAGCGAAGCUUCGACCAGCAGUGUUUUUUAAACCAUUUUAAGCGUUUUACAGCCUCUCAGAUUUAAACCCGGGAUUCAGCAAGUCCGAGUCCAAAAAGGGCUCGCUGUAAAACCUGGAAAACGACCUCACUGACUAAUGUAGCUCAGCUGCUAGAAUCACUUUUGUUUUCAGCCUUUUUUUGUUUCAAAAAUUAAGAAUGGGACAUUUCAUUAACCCUUUCAUGCACAGUUUAGCCUUUUAAUCCCACUGAAAUGAGCUAUUCAGUUCCAUUUGUAGGAAUUAAUACGUUCUUUAGCAUUUUGGUUGAAAAAUUGUGAAUGUUAAUAAAAUGUAUUUACUCUGA